GGUCCCUCAAACAAUAAUAGUACAGCUCUCUUUUUAACUAGACAGCUCAAGAUCAUUCUUCCCUCUAUUGUAUUCAAUGUUCACCAAGAAUUGAACGGCCUAAUUAGUUCAGCUUUUACUCUGCUGCAUCGACAGAAGUUUAGCUUUCUAAAUAUAGAUGCUCAGACUAAAUGUGUAUUGCUCUAUAAUUCCUAGUGCAACACAAGUCAAGCUUGGGAGCAGCAGGGGUUCAUGGAUUAUUAAGUAUCACAGAGCUCAGAAGUCACCUUGCGGGGUUUCUGUCAGGGCCUUGAAAGAUGAAACGGAUGGGGGAACAAGCAGUUCUCCAGGCAGGAGCUGGGACCCUGGCUUGGAAAUUGAGGUUCCUUAUGAACAAAGGCCGGUGAACGAAUACUCAUCUCUGAAAGAUGGAGUUCUGUAUUCAUGGGGCGAACUGGGACCAGGGCAGUUUUUCCUUCGACUUGGGGGUCUCUGGUUAGUUACUUUGACAAUCCUUGGAGUUCCAAUUGCAGCCGCGAGCUUUGAUCCUUCAAAGGAACCUCUAAGAUUUGUGCUAGCUGCUGGAACAGGAACUCUUUUCCUUGUAUCACUAAUUGUCUUACGAAUAUAUCUGGGAUGGAGUUAUGUUGGUGACAGACUUCUAUCAGCUGUGAUACCAUAUGAAGAAAGUGGGUGGUAUGAUGGACAAAUGUGGGUAAAGCCACCAGAGGUCCUAGCUCGUGAUAGAUUAUUGGGUGCUUACAAGGUUAAACCAGUCAUCAAAUUGCUAAAACAAACACUGGUAGGAACUGGGGCAUUACUUGUGACAGCAGUGUCGCUAUUUAUCUUUGCUACACCAGUGGAGCAUUUUUUUCAGACCGCCUUUUCCACAAAAGAGAACCCCUCCAAUGUUCCAGUUGAAAAGAUUGAAAAAAAGUCUAAUAUAAGAAAAGAGGAGCUGCUAAAAUUGCCAGUGGAGGUCAAAUCUGAUGACGAUUUGGCAGCAGCUGCAGCGGAGGCUGCUGAUGGAAGACCUGUCUACUGUAGAGAUAGAUAUUAUCGUGCAUUAGCAGGUGGACAGUACUGCAAAUGGGAAGAUAUGCUGAAGUAAAGGAAAAAAAGGAGGCAUGGAUCAACAAUAAUUUCAUAUCAUCAAUGGAUCUGUAUUUCGCAUUGACAGGAGCAUUUCUUAAAAGUUCAACAUUCUGUCACGUUUAAGGAAAACGUUUAGAUGAUUUAUGAAACAGGGAAGUCAAAAUGAAA